UUGAUGCUGGUGACUACUUCGGUAUAAUGCAAGUAGAAGAGGUGGAUGAGGAGGAAGAAGGUGAUGAAGAAAUGGAAGAAGAAUUUAAAAAGAAACCAAAUCCUGGAAAUGAACCUUGUUUCAAAGUUAUUGUAACAAAUGAGAAUGGGCUUCAAGCCUCCAAUCCUAAUAGCAUUUUCCUCAUCGACCAUGCCUGGACAUACCGUGUUGAACAUGCCCGCCAGCAGCUACUUCACGUACCUGGUUUACUGCACAGAAUGACAAAUCUCAUGGGAAUCAGCUUUCACGGAGAGAUCCCAGAUGAGGGCAGUAUUGAGCAAGUGUUGCAAGAAAUGUGGAAAUACAAUCAGACCUACCAGCUUUCUCAAGGGACUGCUGAGGAGAAGGUUCCUGUCUGGUACAUUAUGGAUGAAUUUGGAUCACGUAUUCAGCAUUCAGAUCAGCCUAGCUUUGCAACAGCACCUCUGUUUUAUAUGCCUCAACAAAUUGCUUACACUGUUCUCUGGCCUUUGAGAGACCUUGAAACUGGUGAUGAAGUGACUCGUGAUUAUGCUUAUGGGGAAACAGAUCGCUUGAUCAGGAAGUGUGUUUUGUUACCUUGGGUGCCUAAUGAAGUGUUGGACGUCAACUGUUUUACACCAGAGCCAUCAGAUGAUCAUUACCAGGCUAUUUUGGCAGAAAACAAGGAAAAACUGCCUAUAGCGAUAAACCCACCAGUUUAUGACAAAGACAAAAUUUUCAAGGUUUUCACAGACAUUCAGCAAGUCCUCAACAACCUGACACAUCCCCGUUUUGUAUUCACAGACAACGAGGGAGAAGCAGAUAUCCUCUACAACUUCUCACACUUCAAGGAUUAUAGGAAGCUAAGUGAGGAAAGGCCUGAGGUAAUGUUGAAUCAGUUCCCAUGCGAGAACCUCCUGACUGUCAAAGACUGCCUGGCAUCCAUCUCUAGACGGGCUGGAGGACCAGAUGGGCCAAGAUGGUUGCCUCGUACUUUUAACCUCCAGACAGAAUUGCCUCAGUUCAUCAGCUACUUUCAGCAACGUGACAGAAGAGGAGAAGACAAUCACUGGAUAUGCAAACCGUGGAACUUGGCCAGAAGCCUGGACACCCACAUCACCAACAGCCUUAACAAUAUCAUCAGGCAUAGGGAAAGUAGCCCAAAGGUAGUGUGCAAAUACAUUGAGAAUCCAGUCUUGUUUCACCGAGAAGAUGUGGGGAUGGUUAAAUUUGACAUCCGUUAUGUUGUAUUGCUGCGGUCCAUAAAACCACUCAAACUGUAUAUCUAUGAUGUAUUCUGGCUGCGCUUUUCAAAUCGAGCGUUUUCACUUGAUGACUUGGAUGACUAUGAGAAGCAUUUCACAGUCAUGAAUUAUGCUCCUGGUGUAACACUAAAACAGGUACACUGUGAAGAAUUUAUUCCUCUGUUUGAAAAACAAUAUCCUGAAUAUCCUUGGACAACAGUACAAGCAAAUAUUUUUAAGGCAUUUGCUGAAUUGUUCCAAGUUGCUUCAGCUAAACCUGCACCUCUUGGCAUCUGUGAUUAUCCAUCAUCAAGAGCAAUAUACGCUGUUGACUUGAUGCUUAAAUGGGACACCAGCAGAGAUGGGAAAAAAAUGAUGCAGCCUCAGAUCCUGGAGGUGAACUUUAAUCCUGACUGUGAUAGAGCCUGUAAAUACCACCCUACCUUUUUUAAUGAUGUCUUCAGCACCCUAUUUCUGGAUGAAACAGACGGCUGCCAUGUGACAUGCAUUGUCUAGCCACAGGAGGCUUGACUAUUAAUUUCCUUCCCAGAUAUGCUUAACAGCAAGAUUUAUAUUUCAGUUCUAUGAGCUGCUGAUGCAACUAUUUUCCUAUACUGGUAACCCAGGAAAUAAAGUCACAUCAGAACAAUAUGCGUAUACCAUAUACUGUACUGAUAAUCAUUUUGUCUGCAUUUUCCUUGUCUUGCUUCGUUCUAUAAGAUCAUCAAUUUGUGUUGACCAAAUAUCUUGUUUAUUGAAUAUGGGAGACCUCAAAAUAGGACAGGAACUGGAGCAAUUGACUUGUUUCUCAGGUAGCCUGAUUGCUUGUUUGCUGGGAAACUUUGUACAAGUUCCUCAUGUCAAGAUUAAAACUAUAAUUUACUGAAUCGUGUUGGAGUUUGUAUAUCUAUCUUAUCUAUCCCUCUGUUAUACAAAGGCGUAAAAUGUUCUGAUGGGAAAAUACUAUGCUAUUUCAGUGCAGUGAACUACUAGGGUAAUGAGAUGAAAGAUUUGAUGGCUCUUCCCAUUUUUCUUAUUUAAAAAAGGCAAACAAAACCCACAAUAUUUAGGAACCCUGUGCUGCGGGCUGUCAUCCUUAGCCUGCCCCUUAAAGAAACUAGAUUUGUGAGGAGCAGUCAGGCACAAGUGAGAAGGAUGCAAUGUCUAGAGUAGCACAGGAAUGCAGAAGCAGCCUGAAGGAAUGAAAGGGAGUUGGGAAACUCUGCUAGAACCCUAACCAGUCUUUGGACUUCCAAGUUUAGGGCCUAGGAUAGAGGUGUUGGGGAAUGGAGUGUCAGUUUGAAAUUAAUCAUUCCUAAUCUCUCCUCCCUCCUCAAAUCAGGAUAACUGGCUGAAAUUUAGCAAUUUUAGGCUGCAUUUACAUUGCUUUGUUUGUAUGUAUGUACAAGUUGCAAAAAAUUCUGCUGCCUGUCACGAAGCAUAUAUUAUGUGGGUAGUAUUUUUUUUUCAAGCUAAUUGCAGCAGUCAGGAUCAGUUUGAGAGCAAAGUACAGUUAUAAAAUUGUAUAAAUGUUCUAAACCUUGCUUCAAGUUUUGCAAGUAUGCAGCAUGUUACCCCUCCUGAUCAGGAAGGGAGAUGGAUAUUUUAGGCUAUUUCAGGCUGGUCUGCAGAAACCUACUUCUUUCCACUGACUGGAACAUGGGCUGGAGAAACAAACCAUCUGCGUCUUACGAAAAUUCAGUCACUGCACAGGUGGGGCAGAAGGAAGAGCUGGAUUGCACAGCCAGAAGUGGUGCUGACAGCCAUAUCACUCUUCUGUUCAUGAGUCAGAACUUUUUUGGACUCCUUACUUGAAUGUGAUUAAAGAAACAUGGAUGGUGCAACUACUUCCAAUGCAGGGAAAAAACUUGUCUGUGAUACAGAAUAUAGUAAACGGGUGCUUGAGACUGGAUAUAAGGGGGCAGGCAGUGCUGCUCAGCAGAUGUAUUUGUCACUUGUAGAAGAGCAAAAGGCACUUUCUGCCUUCGAAGUACCAGAAAACAUGUAAUAAAGUGCCUGUGGAUCUAAAGGGGAAGGUUUCCCUCAUCACAAAGGGAAAAGUGAUGUCACGCUUAGCAAACCAGAAGAAUGACUUUUUAAAAGUAGCAGGAUCUGUGCAGUGGGACCACAAGCUGUGGGCAAAAAAGUCUGUUGUUGCGCUCUUAGACAAGAGAGAUGUUUUUAUCUUAUAGGAAGCAACUGGUCGAACUCAGCAUCCUGGAUCUUACUAUAACUACCAUAGCUUACUACUGCUACUAUAGCCCUGAAGAGGAGAAACCCUUGUUUCUAUUUCUAAGCAGCUCAAGUGAGAAGGUGCAGGUAGGAGACACUAGUAGCUACAGUGUACGUACUGCCCUGCUGGGCAACAGACCUGCCCGUGGCCUGGCUGCCAGCUCCACUGUCGAGGUCUAGUGGUGAACUGGUCCAGGUGGAGUAUGUCAGCGCUGUUUGGCCAGCGCUGCUGGUGAUGCCUCGGAGGUGUGUGAAGAGGGCUGCUGAAUGCUUGGGUCCUCUCAGUUUCCAUCUGGGUGCUCUGAAUUUCCUGUCUUGUCUUGCACAUUUCAGUGGUGAGGAGAAGAGAUGAAGGGGCUAUCUUUGAGGCUACAGCAUCCUGUUGCCUUCAGUA